AAACGGCCCAACUUUAGUUUAAGAUCUGUAAGGACACAAAAUAUUUAAAUAAUAUUUUCGCAACAGACUCUAAGAUUUAAAGAGGUUUGGUGGUGAAAUAAAUGAAGGUUGUUUGGUUGGUGACGAAUCAAUGUUUGUGGGUUGGAAUGUCAUAUUGAACAUUAAAACUUACAUCCACACUACUUUCCUAUUUAAAACCGCUCCUCCAUUGUAAAUCUUCAUCACAAAUUUUUACAAUGACAGAUCCCAGCUACGAAGACGAUAAAAAACAUAAGAGGUAUAAUGACAUGCUGUUCUUCGUUGCCGACUCUGACAAUGGAAUUCCGCUACGUUGUCCAUGCGGUGGCCAGAUUGUCAUACAUGUCUGUAAGGCAGGAACAGACAUUGGAAAGAAGUACUUCGUUUGCAAACACUUUGAGAAUGAUGGCUUGCACAGAAAGAAAGAAUGGGAUGAGGCUAUUGAAGAGGAAACGAAAAACCUAACGCGGAAGGUUGAUGACCACGAACUCAAAAUUCGAAGCUUAUAUUCCAUUGAAGAUCGUCUUAGUCGUUUAGAAGAAGACGAGAAGAAAAACGCUGAAGAGAUCGAAGACCUGAAGUACUUUCUUAAGAACCGUUACUCCAACGAGUUCUACUAGCUUUUAAAGCAUGGUGUACGGUUUAAUUGUUUAAGUGUACGGUGUUAAGGAUUUUCUUGUUUAACUGUAUGCUUAUCUAUUAAAUAAACAUUUGAACCGAUAUAACGCUGUAUAUUUAGCACUGAAAAUGUUCCGUUUUGGUUGCGAGUAAAAGGUUCAAAUAAUUUAUAUGGUAUGCAGGAUAUUUAUUUAAGUGUACGCAUAAUGGUAUGCAGUAUAUUAAUUUCAAUUUGGAUAAAUACGAGAUAGUUAAUAUUUUUUUGUGUUCGAAUAAGUAAAAUAGAUUCACAAUGAUAAAAUCUUGCACACUUUUAACAAAAACGCAGAUAGGAAGUUCAUACAAAUAUAUAGAAAGACAAGUUUCAUUGAAAACGGAUAGUUAAGAUAAAGUGGAUGCUACUUCAUUCCUGCCUCAUUCGCAACCUGAAAAACGCCAACAAAUUCCUCGUAGCAAUCCAUUGCAUACUGCUCACGAAAUUUAUCCACAACUUUGUCAGUUAUUCUACUCAUCUCUUCCUUCCCAUCACCAUUAGAAUGCAUCUCCAUGAACUUGGCAGCGCACGGCCCACAGUCCCCACCCCUAUUGUUGUGAUAGAUGCAUGGAAACCGAUUCCACGCGUAAGUUCGCUCUCCUUCUUUGAUUAGAUAGUCUGUGAACCCGA